AUGCAUAUCUCCGGGCGUGUGUUGGCUCUCGCCGGGCUUGCCACGCAGGCGUCCGCAUCGCCUCAGGCUCUGCUAUCGGCCGCCGCUCCACAGUAUGUUAACCAACCCGAGAGAGCCAACGCCGUGAAGGAGGCUUUUCAGCGCUCGUGGGACGGAUACCGCAAGUUCGCGUUCCCAAACGAUACACUGAAGCCCGUGUCCAACACGUUUGAGAACGACCGAAACGGCUGGGGUGCCAGCGCGGUGGACGCCUUGAGUACUGCCAUCAUCAUGGAGAACAAGGUCGUUGUGGGUCAGAUUCUGGAGUUUGUGCCCAAGAUAAACUUCGACGUAACAGACUCUGAGGUCUCCGUGUUUGAAACGACCAUCCGAUACCUGGGUGGCUUGGUGUCUGGACAUGACUUGUUGAAAGGGCCACUCAAAGACGUCGCAAAUAAUCAAACUGGCGUGGAUGCGCUGCUUACGCAGGCGAAGCGGCUCGCGGACAACCUCAAAGUCGCUUUCGAUACCCCCACCGGAGUGCCUGACAACAUUCUCGUCUACGACCCGAAACCGCGCAAGAACGGCUCCGACACCAAUGGCAUUGCCACCAUCGGAACUCUGGUGCUGGAGUGGACUCGCCUUAGUGAUCUGACCGGGGAUAAGCAAUACGGCGAGCUGUCACAAAAGGGCGAGAAUUUUCUGCUGAAGCCCAAUGAAGAGGUGUUCCCUGGUCUGCUGGGUACGGAUGUUUUCAUUUCUAACGGCACCUUUGCCGAUCGUUCGGGCGGCUGGAACGGAGGAACUGACAGCUUUUACGAGUACCUCAUCAAAAUGUGGCUGUACGACCAGAACCGGUUUUCCCUAUACAGAGACCGAUGGGUUGCGGCUGCCGACUCUUCGAUCAAGUUUCUCGCGUCGAGCCCAACGACACGACCAGACCUGACCUUCCUGGCUGCCUACAACAACGCGAAUUUGAGGUUUAUCAGCACUCAUCGUGAGUUAAUAAUUGCCAUUCAUCGUAGCAUUCAAGUACUGACUGAAAGCCAAGUUGCGUGCUUUGAUGGCGGCAACUUCAUCCUGGGCGGUCUUGUUCUUAAGGAGCAAAAGUACGUAGACUUCGGCAUCAAGCUGACUGAGGCUUGUCACGAAACGUAUAAGCAGACGGCGACUGGAAUAGGACCAGAAAUAUUCCGCUGGCAAGAUGAUCGGCCGCCAGUCAACAAGACUUUGAACCCCGACCCGCCCGCCAACAAGACCGAGUUCUACGAACGGGCCGGUUUUUGGAUCACGCAGGGUGGGUCUAGUUACGUUCUUCGUCCCGAGGUCAUUGAGAGCUACUACUACGCUUACCGCGCGACGGGCGACACAAAGUACCAAGACUGGGCUUGGGACGCCUUCCUGGCCAUCAACAAGACCUGCAGUGCUGGCAGCGGCUUCUCAUCUAUUACGGACGUCAACGAUCCCAAAGGCGGGAAGGCAGAUGAUUUCCAGGAGAGCUUCUGGUUUGCCGAGGUACUCAAGUACAGCUACUUGAUCCAGGCCACGGAUGCAAAGGUUCAGGUUGAAGUGGCAGACAACAAGUGGGUGUUCAACACAGAGGCUCAUCCAUUCCAAAUCGCGUAG